CCUGACUCCUGGUGAGGGCUGACAGUCCGGCCUGGGGACGCGGGGCUGCUGGCGGCGCCUUCACCUCCACCAUGGCUCGAAAUGCAGAAAAGGCCAUGACGGCCUUAGCAAGAUUUCGCCAAGCUCAGUUGGAAGAGGGAAAAGUGAAGGAACGAAGACCCUUCCUUGCCUCAGAAUGUACGGAGCUGCCUAAAGCUGAGAAGUGGAGACGACAGAUUAUUGGAGAGAUAUCCAAAAAAGUGGCUCAGAUUCAGAAUGCUGGUUUAGGUGAAUUCCGAAUUCGAGACCUGAAUGAUGAAAUUAACAAGCUGUUAAGGGAGAAAGGACACUGGGAAGUCCGGAUAAAGGAGCUGGGCGGUCCUGACUAUGGGAAAGUUGGCCCUAAAAUGCUGGAUCAUGAAGGGAAAGAAGUCCCAGGAAACCGAGGUUACAAGUACUUUGGAGCAGCAAAAGAUCUGCCUGGUGUUAGAGAGUUAUUUGAAAAAGAACCUCUUCCUCCUCCCAGAAAGACACGUGCUGAGCUCAUGAAGGCGAUUGAUUUUGAGUACUACGGUUACCUAGAUGAAGAUGAUGGCGUAAUUGUGCCUUUGGAACAGGAAUAUGAAAAGAAACUUAGAGCCGAGUUAGUGGAAAAGUGGAAAGCAGAGAGAGAGGCUCGGCUGGCAAGAGGAGAAAAGGAAGAAGAGGAGGAAGAGGAGGAAGAAAUCAACAUCUAUGCUGUCACCGAGGAGGAGUCGGAUGAGGAAGGCAGCCAGGAGAAGGGCGGGGAUGACGGGCAGCAGAAGUUCAUCGCCCACGUGCCUGUGCCAUCGCAGCAAGAGAUUGAGGAGGCUCUUGUACGAAGGAAGAAAAUGGAACUCCUCCAGAAGUAUGCGAGUGAGACCCUGCAGGCCCAGAGUGAAGAAGCCAAAAGGCUCCUGGGAUAUUAGUGCAGAGCUGGGGCUCUCCCUGGAGUCCAGAAGACUGUGUCCUGGACAGACUCUUCCUCCUGUGUCCCUUCCCGACCACUGCCCUUGGCUGCCUGAGGUCUCCUGCUCCUUUCUCACUCAUCCUUUCUUACCUCAUGUGCUGAGGGUAGGGAUCUAUCCCUGGCCCCCCGGGUAGGCUGUCUAGGUGCUGAACAUUUCAGCCAUCAGUUUUGUACAAAUAUUUUGCUACUGUAUGAAUCCAUUUAUUUUUAUUUUGGAAUGUAUAAAACAGCAUUUGCUAACUGGC